CGCACCUUCCGUUUCCUCGGCAUUCCUUCCUCGCGGUUUCCCCGUCUUCCUUCCCUCCAUUCCCACGACUUUUAAAACCCAUCGGCACCACAAGCUCUCUACUCCAGGAAAGCCAGCCCAAACCAAACCAAACCAAAUGGAGGUCAUCACACGUCGUCCUGCCUCGCCGCCUUCGCUGCCGCGGCGGGGUGAGUUCCGGUUCGACGACAGCGUGUACGCCACGGCGCCGUGCAGCCCGCACCGCCGGCUCCCGUCCCUGACGGCGCCGCCGUCGCCGGACCCUUUCGACCUCCUGCCGCCGCCUUCGGACACGCCGCGCCACACGGGCGCCAACCCCUUCGACCUCUUCCAGCACUUCACCAGCGCCCCCGCCAGCCCCAGGCGCGCCGCCGCCAUCUACGCGCACUUCGCCGAUGCCAACCGCGACGACGGCGCCCAUGAGGACGACAAAGACGACGAUGAAGAGGAGUUCCAGCAGCGCUCUUCGUACUCCACGGCCGCCUCGGCCGUGCCGUUCGACUGGGAGGAGACGCCGGGGACGCCGAAAGCCGGGAUCGGCAUGGGCGGAGCCCCGGCGUGGGACGACGCCGACGCCGAAGACACGGGAGACUUCGAAUUCGGGACGGUCGUCGACAAGGCCGCGCCGGCCGAGAGCACUCUCACCACGGCCGACGAGCUCUUCGAGAAGGGCAGAAUCCGGCCCCUGAAGCCCCUGAUGAAGACGCCCUCGGACAUGUCUGACAAGGGCAGCAGCAGCGGCAAGAUGAUGAGGCCGCUGAAGCCGCCGCCUGGGCUGCUCGACGGCGGCGGGCCGAGCGUCGGGUCCUCGCCCCGGUCGCCCAUGGCGGUGCUGAGGUCUCCCCGUAGACGGAGCAGGGUCGGCUCCGGCACCGACUUCGACCCCUUCGCGGCCGCGCUCCUCGAGGCGUCCAAGGCGGCGCCGGUGCCUUCGCUGUCCCCGCUCGGUACCACGAAAGAGGCAAACGGCAUGGUGAAACCCAAGACGAUGACGGCGUCCAAGAGUGCCGGGUGGAGGAGGUGGAGGCUCAGCGACCUGCUUCUCUUCCGGAGCUCGUCGGAAGGCGGCCGCAUCAACAGAGACUCCGUCUUCAGGUGCUCCCCGGCCAAGGCCAACGGCAAAGUGGGAUCAGUGGACGACAAGCCCAAGAUGAAGCAGGGCGGCGCCGCGGUGGCGGACGGCGUCGUCGGGUGCGCCAGGCUCAGCCCGCUGCAGCGGCUGGCCAGAGGGCUCGGCGGGCACUCGUGGCACCACGGGCGCGGCAUGGCGGCCACGGGGACCAAAGGGUAGAGAGAAAACUCAAAAUCCAUUGCAUUAGCCGCCAUGAUCCACUCGCGUGGUUGUCUCGCUUUGUUCAUAGAAGAGGGGCUAAGAGUAUAGGCAGUGGCCACUAGCAGAUCAUAUGAAUGUGAAAUCGUAUCUUUAGUAUUUAUCUAUUUUAUUGUCUGGUCCCAUUUCCCCUCUUGUUUUCUUUUUUGAUUGUUCUUCUAGUGUGUUUUUUCCACAAUGCAUACCAGUUCCAUCAUUGAUACUGAAGUGUCUAUAAGAAUCAGAAUUGUGUGCU